CGGCUGCCGCAGCUCGCAGCCUUCUGCCUGCAUGAAAAUAAUUGAAAACAAAAUACAAAUCAGUUUGUGUCAAACAUCGUAUCGUGUUGCACGUGUGACUUUAUUUUUAAACCUCGCGCUGGUAAUCGCGAUCGUGAAUUGUUAAUGAAUUUCACCCCAACCAAACUUAUUUAAGUUGAACAUAUUUUUGAUUGACAACAGUGUGCCCAGUUAAAAGUGCAAUGAAUUGUGAUAAUAGUUUUCUCUAUAACGAUUGUCCGAACAAUUGAAAACAUAGUCGUAUUGAGUACAAGUGCUUAUUUGGAAAAGAUGUAUAUCAUAGCGUUGUUGGCGUCCGUGUGUGCGUGCAACGCGUUGCGUGUGGGCGUCGGCAUCGCUGACGUCACAGGACCACCGGCUGAAAUUAAUUUUAUGGGUUACGCGAACUUCGAGCAAGUCGGCCAUGGGAUACAUUUGCGGCAGUUCGCCCGGGCUUUCGUCUUUGAGGACGAAACGAGUGGACAUCGCUUCGUGUUCGUGUCCGUGGAUGCUGCUAUGAUGGGCCAUGGGGUUCGGAGUGAGGUGUUAAAACGUCUUCAAAAGCGUUACGGUGACAUUUACUCAGAACAGAACGUGAUUAUAAGCGGAACUCACACGCACUCAACCCCUGGAGGGUUCUUAUUGGACUUUCUCUUUGAUCUACCCAUCCUUGGUUUUGUUAAGGAGACCUAUGUUGCUUAUAUUACUGGAAUUUUGAAGAGUAUAAUAAUAGCCCACAACAAGCUAACACCAGCGCGGAUGGAGUAUGGAGAGGCAGAAUUACUGGGCGCCAAUAUAAACAGAUCACCUACUUCCUAUCUACGGAACCCUCCAGAGGAAAGGGCUAAAUAUGAAUACGACGUAGACAAAACCUUAUCCCAAGUCCGUUUCAUAACACCAGACAACCAAAUACUAGGUGUGAUCAACUGGUUUGCAGUACACCCAACCAGCAUGAACAAUACCAAUCGACUGAUCUCGUCUGAUAAUGUUGGAUAUGCGUCCAUUCUAAUGGAGAAGGCACUUAAUGGCAAUGAUACUCUGCCUGGAAAGGGUCGUAUUAUAUGCGCAUUUGCGUCCACAAACCUCGGUGACGUGUCUCCCAAUACAAGAGGACCUCGCUGUGAAUUCUCUGGCAAUGUUUGUGAUCAGGAGUCAUUAUUGUGUAAAGGGUCUAAAGAGAGAUGCUUUGCGUCUGGCCCUGGGAGAGAUAUGUUCGAGAGCACCAAGAUUAUUGCCACUAAGAUGUUCCAGACUGCUAUGAAAGUACUAAAUCAACCAGGAAUCGACCUCACAGGACCCGUGGGUGUGGUGCACCAGUUUGUAGACAUGCCCAAAGAAGAGGUAGCGCCGUAUGAUCCUGUCACUCAAACAUUUGAUACGAGUGCGAACGUGUCCGGCUGCGUGCCGGCCAUGGGCUACAGCUUCGCAGCGGGCACGACGGACGGGCCGGGCGCGUUCGACUUCCGGCAGGGCACCACGUCGCCCAACGCGCUGUGGAACGCCGUGCGCGACUUCCUGGCGCAGCCCACGCCCGCCGACGUGGCCUGCCAUGCGCCCAAGCCGAUACUGCUGGCCACGGGACGGAUGAAAUUCCCAUACGAAUGGCAGCCCCACAUAGUGUCAUGUUCAGUGGCCCGUAUCGGAGGGCUAUUCCUUGCCGCAGUUCCAGGCGAAUUCACAACUAUGUCUGGGAGACGAUUACGUCAUGUUGUGCAACAGGCUUCUGGCGCGAAGAAAGUUAUUCUGGCUGGACUGUCCAAUAUAUAUUCUGAUUAUAUCGCCACGCCGGAAGAAUAUCAGGCGCAACGCUAUGAGGCCGCAUCUACAAUCUUCGGCCCGCACACCUUGGACAUCUAUCUGAACAAAUAUGUCGAGCUUACUAAUGCACUUGUUAAAGGUGAAAGUGUCCCCAGCGGGCCAGAACCGCCCGACUUCAGCAACCAGCUGAUCACACUGGUCCCGCCCGUGCUGUGGGACGCGGCGCCGUGGGGCAAGGAGUUCGGCGACUGCGUGCAGCAGCCGCACCACGCGUACAGCUGGCGGGACGUGGCCAGCGCGAGCUUUGUAUCCGGACACCCCCGUAACAGCAUCCGCCACGGGCGCUGGUACGCCAGCAUCGAGCGGCUGCAGUCGGAGGAAGACGACGCGUGGGUCGUCAUAGCAACGGACGCUGAUUGGGAGACUAAAUUCACAUGGAUACGCAACUCUAAAGUUCUAGGCACCAGCGAAGCCCUAAUAGAAUGGGAAAUUCCCGAAGGCACCCCCCCUGGGACCUACCGUAUACAUCACUAUGGCAACUAUAAGUACAUUCUUGGGGGUAUUUACCCUUACCAUGGAUUCUCAAACUCUUUUGCGGUUACAUAAUAAAAAAGGGUUCCUAAUUCUAAUAUUGCAAUGCAAAAAUAAGUGUGUAACAGAGAUGGAAAUAUAUUGUGAGUGAGAUAGCAUUGAUAGGUUCGUUUGUUUGGAAUUUGGAAGGGUCUUUCAGUUAGUUUCAGGGCCGCGGCAAUAUAAUUAAAGGGGUGAAUAACGUAAUAAUCUGGAAUAAAAAAGAACAACUAUUUUUAUACAAAAAAUUACGAUUUUAUUGUCAUAUUUUUAUUUAAAUGAGGCAUGGAGAGAAAAUCGAAACUUACGGA